GAUCAAAUUCUUUCACUGAGCUGUACAGUUGGCAGAGCCUUGCAGCUUCGUAGCCCCAGGAAUGGCUGCAGGAGGCAACUACUACGAAAGGAUUAGUAGGUUGUCGGAGCGGCUGUCCGGGCUCCAGCAAGGCCUAGAGCAUGAGCGGAACUCUCGCUUCGAUCAGCUCAGCCAGCGAAUGUAUGACGUGGACUUGAAGCUUCAGCAGAGCCAGGAGUCUUUGCAUUCCGACUUGGCCAACCUGAAGGAUCAGCUGGUGAAGUUUCAGCGUGACUUUGAUGAAGAAAGGAUGAGCCGGGAGGCUCUUACUGAAGCGAGGUCACAGGAGCUGACGGCUGCAGACUCAAGACUACAGCAGGCUCUAGAAGCAGAACAACAGGCGCGGCGCGACGCAGAAGCGCAGGUGCUGAAGAGCUUUGAUGAGCGGACCUCGAUCUUGCGGGAGGAGAUUGCACGAGAGGGUCGAUCCAGGGCUGAAGCUGAAGCAGCAUUGCGACGCUACGUUGAUGUCGAUAUCCCCAAGCUCUAUGAGAGCUUGCGAGAUGAAGCACAGUCCAGGGAGACCAUGGAAGAUCGGAUUGUAAGGCGGGCUUCUGAAGAGAUCAAUCGGCUACAAGAGGCGAUUCUGACCGAAAAGAAGGCGCGGGAAGACACAGAAGAAGCGCUCUUGCGGAUGAUGGAGGAUACAGUUGCAAAGAUGAGAGCCGAGAUUGCGCAGGAGCGUGCUGAUCGGGAAACCACCGAGGAGACCUUGUUGAAGCUGCUUGAGGAAACCUGCAAUAAGCUGAACACGGCCUCGCAAGUCCUCUGAAGGCGCCAAAACGGCGUCGCCGUAAUUUCAGGGAUGAGCCGUUGGGGAAUCGGUUCGCUGCAAGACCCAAGAAUUGCGCCAAAAUGUC